AUGGCUGUCAAGAUCGCUGUCAAAGCACCACUGAUUGAAGAUUUCUGGAAUUCUUUCACGAAAAGAACAGAAUAUGAACAAACGGUUGAGGAAAAGCAGUAUCAAGACUCGUUGUUGGUCAAUGAAAUCAACGUAACGGAUGCCUGUUAUGACGGAAAUAUUUGUUGUAAAUUGUGGGCAUCACAAGGCGAGUGCAAAGUGCACGACAAGCUUUGCCCUUUGAGCUGUGGCGGCUGCAAUGCAACGCAUCCGUUGGAAGGUAAGGCAUACUAUACCUAAUCUAAAAUCUUUUCAACCUGUAGACUGCGUGGAUUACGACGAGAACUGCCCGCAUUACGUGUUCAACGGGUUGUGCGACUCGAAUCCAUGGUUCUUGGAGAACUGCAGGAAAAGUUGCGGAACCUGUGUGUCCAAUGUCCAAGAGCUCACGCGAAUUUGUCGCCGGACACACGGCUUAACAAGGGUUUAG